AUGGCUCAUAGACGAUCUCGUCGAGGGAGAGUCGAUGGAGAAUGGGUCUGCGUUGAAAGGCGUCACUUGGCGGAGAAGCCGUGGGGCGAGGCGUGGCAGCGGGCCUCGUCGCGGAUGUUCUCACCCGCGGGGCGGCGGUGCUUGAGCGAGGCAGACGCCGAUGCGGCGGCAGAAAGGGGAUCGGAGGAUGUGGUGGACUUGUGUGAAGGGGAUCGGAGGAACAUUUUGGCAGCCCAAGGUGGUCUUUGCGAUCCUGGCCAUUCGGAAAACUCCCUUAGGGAUAAUUACAUCGCCAAUGUUGUUGUGCCACGGGUCAGCCAAGUGAGUUGCCAAGUUCUCCAGAGGCCCUGUCCCGGGCUCCUUCAGCUUUUGUGGGUCCUUGGAGUAACCCAACGGGUCGAAAGCCCCACCCGGAUACUUCUUUUUUUCUGGGAGGGACGAGGCUCGCCGGGCAUCCACUCGGCGGACAUAGUGAACCGGGACUUGGAAGCAUUUGAGGCACCGAAACUCGCGAAUCUCGACCGAGAAGAAGAAAGGAAGGAUGUUCGAAAAGUGGUCGAUACGCCGCAGCUCAUUAGUGCAUUGGCUGCCAUUGUUGGAUUUUGUGGGAUUCUAUUUCUUGGUGGUAGUGGAGAUGAGGUUGAGGCUGAUGUGGAGAGUUGGGUGGAUAUGUUUGUGAGGGUGUUUUCCAUGGUGGAGGUUGAAUAUGAGAAGGGCCACAAAUCUGGUAAUAUCGAUCUCUACUUGAUUGAGUGGUGA